AGAGCAGCCCAAGUUACACAUCCGUGAGAACUGGGACAAGAGGAAGGAAAGACCUACCUCCGCCGCGUCCGCCGUCACCGCCACCCCUCUACCACCACCGACCUCCCACUCCCAGCCGGGCCGGCGACCAUGGCGGACGCCGCAGGUGCGACUCCCCUCCUCCCCGGCCUCCCGGACGAGAUCGCCAUCUGGGAGAUCCUCGUCCGCCUGCCCCCCAAAUCCCUCCUCCGCAGCCGCGCCAUCAGCCCCGCAUGGCGCCGCGCCACCUCCACCCGCGGCUUCCUCCUGUCCCACCACGCCCGCCAGCCCGCCCUCCCCCUCCAGUACACCCACAGCAACGUCGCCGACGGCGGCGAGUCCCUGGACGUCGUCCCCUUCAACCACCGUGCAGGGGUCGCCGCCGCCGACCGGUUCCAGUGCGUCGCGAGGCUGAAAACGGCUCCCGUCCUAACGAGUUCAUGCGUCCGUGCUCCUCGCUUCUAUCUCGAGGCCUCCUGCGACGGCCUCCUCGUGCUCUCCAUCGAAUUUGACGACAUCUGCAUCUGCAACCCGGCAACUCGACAGUACGCAGCUCUCCAGCAGGUUCGUGGAUUCAGGCCCGUGGAGUUGUACCCCCACCCCUCUACCGGUGACUACCAGCUGUUGUUGUACCAGGAUGAAGAUCAAGGUGCCAUCUACAUUUUCACAGUAGGCUCUGGCCAGCCGCCGAGGCACAUAGGGUGCCCUGACCCGAACGAACUGGAAGAUUGCCCCGGACUCCUGUUCCAUGGUAGCCUGUAUUGGUACAUAGGCAACCGGAUAAUGGUAUUCGACACCACCGCCGAGUCGUUCCGGCAGAUCCGUGCUCCGGUGGCCAGUGACCACGCCCGACUAUUUGAGAUGGGUGAUAUGCUUGGUGUCUCGUCUCUUAAUGAUGAGGAGACAGCCAUUGAUAUCUGGGUGAUGCGGGACUACCAAGGCGAGGUCUGGGAUUUCAAGCGUCGGAUUGACUUGCCGGCCGCAGAGAUCAGGCACCAGUGUCAAUGUUCUCUCUCUGAAGAGGAUGUGAUGGUUGUGCCUGGGGACGGUGAGUUGGUCGUGCUGGUCGGUUGUAAUGGCUGGCUGUUUCAGGUUGAUGUCAAUGGCAAGUUGAUUGCUAGUUUCCAACCCAGAGGCCUCAAUUAUACUCUACAUGUGCUCAAGCAGACUCUUGUUCAACAUACCUUUUUUCUGGCACUAGAGGGUUAUGUUGUGAAUGCCUCGCCUUUUAUCUGACCAAAUGAUUAUGUUGUCAGCACUUAGAGGGCUGUUCAGUCUGGUGGUGUUUCUUAUCGGCCUAGCUCUCCGUAUCCACAUGAGCUGCAAUAUGUAUGAACUAGAUCCCGGUUAUGCUGUCAACUCGUAGCCCUUCAUCUGAGAGCUGUUGAGUGUGGUGCUGUUUCUUAUCAGCCUAGCUCUCCGUAUCAACAUGAACUGCUGUAUGUAUUAACUACUAGAUCCAAUGUUCUGUUGCAAUCCAUUCCUUUUCAUGAUUCCA